CCAGUUUCGAAUAUAAUAAGAACAAUUAUCCGGAGCAAUUGUCUGUUUCAAUAUAAAUACAUGGUCCUGGAACCCAGAUUUUCAAAGCUGUUAUUACCAAAACAGUAACGAAGCAGCCUGCAAUCCGAUUGUCAAAGUGUGGUUGGCUCGCUAUCAAAGAUGAUUGCCCAAAGACUCUUCCUCAUCGUAGUGUUGGUUGUUUGCUUCAAAACAGAGUCAAACUCCGCCAUUUACGGAGAACGUGGUGAGUUGCGAGCAAGGUCAUUGCGAAGAGACUUGGAACACCUUUGCAAUAAAGUUGGCAAGCUGAAUAAAAUAAUACAAAGGCUGAAUAAAAGAGUACGACAACUUGAAGAUGACAGGGAGGACUGUGCUCCAAAGUGGGUCAAAGGUGACAGGGGAGGCAAAGGAGAGCCUGGUGUACCUGGUAAAAAUGGCCCUGCUGGACCAAAAGGACAAAAGGGAUCGAAAGGAGAUAUUGGACCACGUGGCCCUCCUGGAAUAUCCUCUAGAAGACCAACUGCAACGGUGCAGCCUUCCAAUGCUACAGUCGCUCAAGGAGCAAAUGUGUCAUUUACAUGUACGGUAACAGGGUACCCAAUGCCUACGAUAACAUGGUCGCUGAAUGGAGUACCGAUAGUAAUUGAUGGAUUCAAAUUUAAGAUAAUUGGUCAAUAUAAGCUACAAAUUAGUGGUAUAAUACCAAGUGAUCAAGGAACGGUCACGUGUGCUGCUCAGAACAGCCUUGGAGUGGAGAUGUCGAACGCAACCCUCUAUAUUUACGCCCCUGUUACAGCUUCUGUGUUUCCACCGAUAAUUACGGCUGCUCAGUUAGAAUUUAAGGAGAAACUAUUGGGUAUUGGUAGUAUGUGGGUCAGCAGUAAAUCCCCAACGUCUUAUACCAUUUUUGUGUUUCAAACUAUAGAAAACAGAACACGGGAUUGUAAGGGAAUUUAUGACGCUGGGUCAAGAACCAACGGAGAAUACACAAUCCAGGUAAGUGGAUCUGCACCAUUCAAAGUCUACUGUGACAUGACAACUGACGGUGGAGGAUGGACCGUUAUCCAGAGACGAAAGGACGCCAGUACUGACUUCUAUCGUGGUUGGGACGAAUAUAAGAAGGGAUUUGGUUCCCUGUCAGGAAAUUUCUGGCUUGGCCUUGACAAGAUCCAUGCUCUUACCAACCAUGGGUCUUCACUCCGGAUCGAUCUCAAGGACUUGCAUGGUAAGCCUUGGUAUGCCACAUACUACACAUUUCGAGUAGGGACGGAGGCCAUAAAGUACCAGCUGACUGUGUCAGGGUACUCGGGAGAUAUGGGCGACGCCAUGGCACUUCAAAACCACAUGUAUUUCACCACGAAGGACAGGGAUAAUGACCGAUGGAGUGGCAAUUGCGCUAUUGGCUGUGGAGGAGCUUGGUGGUACCAACACUGUUACCAUUCAAACCUGAAUGGGAUUUACAACGUUGCUGCCAACAUUAAGCACAUUUCGUGGCUCAAAUUGAAGAAUAGUUUUGGCCAUAUCACCUUCACUGAAAUGAAGCUGCGAAGAAAUAUCUAAACUAAAGGCUGCACAUAUUGUCGAAACUAAAAGCUUUGGAGUUGCUCUCUGUAGUAGCUGAAGCUCGUACAUUUUCAAUUAAACACUUAUUCAUUAUUAUCACUGUUGAUAUUAACACAUUUUCGAGUCAUUUGGCAUAGAAACAUGUUAACUUCUCUA